AUAAAAAUUAUAUUUUUUUAUUAAGAAUAUUUAAAUUAACUACUUAUAACAGUUACAUUAGUAGUAGAGAUAUACAUAACUUCUCAGUGUUCUAAUUGUGUAUUCAAUUAAUUGAAAUUAGUUGAAAUACGGGUAUCAUUAUCAAGGUUUGACUUGACGACUUCAAAUAAAUUGGGCAUUGGAUUACCAAACAAUGAUUAAAUCAAUUUUAAUCUUAUCAAUAUUGUCUAUUGUAUUUUCAUUUGUCAACGUUAAAUGUGCCGUGGCGUCACCUGAGAGUGAUAUGGAACGUUACCCUUAUGAUUUAGCUUAUAUACAUGAUGAACCUGAUCCAUAUUAUUUUCCAACUCCACGUGAUUCAUUAAUUCGACGUCUUAUGAAGCGAAAAUAUUAUAUAUCACAAAGACUUGGUAAAUAAAAAAUCUACACAAUGUAGUACUAACCACAUUCGAAUCAUAAUGUAGACCACAUUAUAACAUUAAACAGAUAAUCAUUUUAUUCAUAUAGAGUAUAUAUUUAUAGUUGCCAAGGCAACCAAAUUGCAAAGAAACAAUGAUUAUAUAAUAAUAAUAAUUGUAUUAUGAUCAAAAACUGCUAAAUAUAAACGUUUAAAG